AUGCAGUGCUGUGAAAGGGUACCAUCAUCAGGCGUUGUGGCGGAGUGGUUAUCGCGCAAGACUAGAAAUCUUGUUCCUUCGGGAGCUAUCCGUAGAGUCCGGCGGCUCAUUACGCGGAACAAGAGGGACAAAGCAGAACUGCCGACAUUGACGUCCUUCAUCCGCCGAAUCCUCACUCCCCCCGAGAUUCACGAUUUCUGGCACCGCUUUGGCCCAGAGGCCGUCGUCCAACACAAGACCGAUGAUAUCUCGCGCUAUCUUGCGGGAAGGUAUUUGCCGCCAAAGAAGCCUGUCGCAAAGCCUGUCCGCAUUUCCACGCCAACACCCGAGGUUUCCAGCGUAUUUUGA